AUGGCUCGUCCCGCGGAAAAGGCUCGCGCCAUGAUGAAUAAGUGGGUCGCCAUGCGCGAUGCGGGUAACGCGAAUCCGGCAACGAACCGGAACCGACGCAAACGUCCCUACCUCGCUUCGGAGUGUGAGCACCUGGCCGAUGCCGAACGAUUUCGGAGUCAAAUCGUUCGGGAAAUAUCGGAAGGCAUUGCCAAAAUCCAAAACCCCGGACAGGGAGAACACGCGAUCCGCGAACUCAACGAUGACAUCAAUCACAAAAUGCGCGAGAAGUACCACUGGAAUAAGCGUAUCAAAGAGCUCGGCGGUUUGGAUUUCAAUCAUAUCGAGAAACAACGUCAAAUUGAAGAAGGUGAUACGCAGGUACACUCGGGGUACCGCUAUUUCGGGGCGGCGAAAGAUUUGCCCGGUGUCAAAGAAUUGUUGGCCAAGGAAGCUGCCAAACGGUUGAAGGGAAAUAGAACGGACGCGUACAAGAAUGUUACACCCGACUACUACGGAUGGAGAGACGAAGAGGACGGGGUCUUGUUGGAACUGGAAGCACUAGCUACGAAACAAAAUGACCAGCAAUUCAAGCGUUAUAAAAUCGGUGAAGCGACCGAAGAUAUUCAAACGUCAGACAAAGUCCUCGACUAUCUCCAUAUCACGCCACAGGAGCAGAUCGAUGAGAUUCUCUUGGAAUAUAGAAAGAAAGCUCUGAGGGAAAAGCUUUUCUUGUGA